GGCAACUCUCUCCAUACACAAACUUGAUUGGUGCUCUUCCAACCACAUUUGCAGCGGGGGUUGAACGAUAGCCAGAGAAACAGAACGGUCAGCUACCAAAUGGCGUCUGCAAACUCCGGCACCCUGUUUGGCGGUGCUGGCUUAGGGGCUGCAACACAACCGGCAACUGCAGUUCCUACAAAUAGUCCAACCAAUCUAUUCGGAAACACACCCAGGCCGAGUCUUACAGGCGGUACUGACUCCGCCAAGCAGUCACAAACGCAGCAGCAAUUCAUACCAGGCUCGAUUCUCGGCCAGGAUCCGACGCAGAGGCAUAUGGAACUCCCAUCCAGUCAAAUAACCCAGCCUGCGUUCUUCAACAGUCUAUUGGAGCGCGGCAAAAAGAGACCGAUCUCUGCCAUCGGCCAAGCUGGCAACUUUGAGGAGCUACCCAGCCUUCAAUUGGGGCUGGACGAUAUCCGCAGAAAGGCCAGAGAACUUGGUGUUGGAGGCUCGAAGGAACUUCAACAACAUGCGCAACACACCAAAGCCCACUAUCUUCUCGCUGGUUCAGGUGUCUCACCAGGCCAUGCCCUGCGGGAUCUCAAAGCUUUAGACCCACAGGCAUUGAUGGCGACAAGUUUGAAAGAACAAGAGCCUUUUGACCCAGACAACCAGAAGUUCCUGAAAAAUAUACAGCAACGUGGUCGUCAGGUCAUGAUUACUGAGAGCCUUUCUAGGGCUCACAGGGACUUUGAUUCUUUUUUGGAGGGAAAAGUAGACAUGGAUUGGGAAGAACAACGACGAAAGAUUUUUCAGCACUUUGGGCUGGCACAGAAGGAUGAUGGCGUCGGUGAUGCAAGAGGUGGCUUUGGACAUUCCAUGGGACGAACCAAGCAGUUUGGCUCAGCAUCUGCUAAUGCUCCUUUGUCUACGGCUCGGAGAAGCGUGUUUGGACGCUCUGCUUUGGAAAAAUCUGUUAUCGGGAUACCUGGUACAGGGACGGCGAGCAUCCAGCUUUUUGAGGAUCAAAUAGACCGCAACGACAGUGUAGGCGGUCACUCCGAUCUUCGCUUUUUACGAGAAAAAAUGGGCUAUUACGCAGACAAAAUCCGGCUAUUUAACUCUGCUAGACUACACACGCGGACCUUCCCUGUCCUCCACGAGUUCUCUGAUGUCGAAGGUCAUGUCGGUGGUGAUGUACCUCGACAACUUUAUGAUGCUUACAGGGCUCUGAUAAAUAUUGUGGGGGAGACCUCAAAUAUGACUAACGCGUCAGACCCAGUUGCACUGAAGGAACGGCAAUUUUCCCAAGAUUAUUUGGAUGAAGUGCCGAGUUCCCGAAGAGCAGUAAGCUUGAGGAAGCGGAUCAUUGAGGGCUCCAGAUCAUUCCUGGAGAAGUUAUUCUACGAUGAGGUUGAAAGUGUGAUCGCCAAAAACCCUCGGGAAGCGCAAGUUGGCGGCAUACCAACCGUGAUCAAUAAAAUCCGUGCUUACAUUCGCCUCAGAGCAGUAAGGAAGGAUCUUGCCCCUGAUGGUACUGAGUUACAGAUGGUUGACCAGGAUUAUUGCUGGAUUCUCAUAUUUUACCUUCUCCGAUGUGGAUUUGUCACAGAGGCUGCGGAGUAUGUGAGCCAGGACCCAGGUUUCCGGUCUUUGGAUCACAAAUUCGUAACCUAUAUGACUACAUAUGCCCAGAACAAACGAUUACCCAGGGACCUACAGCAGAGAAUCAACGGUGAAUACCAACAACGCUCUCGCAAUGCGCCUGACAAUACAGUUGAUCCUUAUCGUAUGGCCUGUUACAAGAUUAUUGGUCGUUGUGAACUCAGCCGCAGGCGAUUAGAUGGGGUCAACCAAAGCGUCGAAGAUUGGAUGUGGCUGCAAUUCAGUUUAGCUAGAGAAGACGAUCGCGCAGAGGAGGUUGCGGGGGAUGUGUUCGGACUCGAAGAUAUACAAAUUGACAUAGCAGAAAUCGGUCAAAGAGUUUUUGGGAAGGGCCAAGAAGGGCCUGGCGGCUAUGGCACCUUCUUUCUCCUGCAAAUUCUUGGGGGUAUGUUUGAGCAAGCUGUCUCAUACCUUGGAUCUUAUGCUCCGAUCACCGCCGUGCAUUUUGCGAUUGCCUUGGCCUAUUAUGGUCUUUUACGUGUGUCUGACUUUUACACCUCGGGCGAGGAGAUAUUAUCCUUCACUGUGAAGCAAUACCCUCAGAUUAAUUUCUGCUAUCUGAUUACACAGUAUACGCGAGAAUUUCGAACAGCAUAUGUUGAAGCAGCAGUUGACUAUUUCUCCCUGCUUUGUCUCAAUGCUGACCUACCGGGAUCUCUUGGCAAAUCCCAGGCUUCGGUGUGCCAUGAAGCACUUCGCGAAUUUAUACUUGAAACCAGGGACUUUGCUAAAUUGCUGGGUGACAUCCGAUCCGAUGGAAGCCGAAUCAAAGGAUUGAUUGAGCAGCGUAUUACCUUGAUCAAAUUAGUCGACCAAGAAGAGUUUCUGAAAACGAUAACCGUGCAAGCAGCAGCCAUCGCUGACGACAAAGGCUUAAUCACUGAUGCAGUCCUGCUGUAUCAUCUGGCCGAAGAUUACGAUCGUGUCAUUGAUAUAAUCAACCGGGCACUGUCCGACGCUGUUGCUGUAGAUUUAGGCGGGCCUGCCUUGAAACUACAGCCUAUGAGGCCUCGGGCUGAUAUGAUUGAGCAUACUCAGGAUCCAGUGCAUGAAAAUCAUUUGGAACCCGGAAGCAGUCUUAGUUUGACAGCUGUGGAUGAUCCGGUGGCUUUGGCGAAGAACAUGAUAGGCCUAUACAACGCAAAUGCACUUUAUUACCAGCAAAUCCGUCAAGUUAAUCGCGACGCAUGCGGGUUGCUGCUUAGGAUGAUGGAGGCAAAGAUGGAGGUGGAGGCAGCUAAGUGGACUCCCGCCCUAGAUGCCAUCAAUGAUCUAAACAUCCUCCCAUUACGAGCUAGGGGCUCUGUGCCGUACAUUAGAAACGCCGCUCAAGCCUUUUCGUCUUUUCCGGCCAUCAUUUCUCACAAUGUUGGCCAUGCGAUCAUGUGGAGUAUCACAUGCAUUGGCCAUGAACGGGAACGGUUGAACUCUGGUGCCUAUGAGAAUGAAAUUCGGCAAGGCCUUGCGGAUGAGCUGCUUGUCAUGGCCAAAGACUUGAUGAUUUUCUCGGGAAUGGUAAAAUAUAAGCUGCCACCCCGGGUAUACGAGACGCUUGCGCGAGCCGGGGCAGAAAUCGGGGCGUAUUAAAGGAACAACCCUUUUGAAUAUGACGAGGUUUUUACUCUGUGAAAUUGACUGAGUUACUAUUCUGAUAUAUUCUCUGAAGACUUAUCCGGAGUCGGAGCUUCGAUGGGUUAAGAAAGGUGUAGAUAGACGGUCAGAAAAAAUCAGGAACAAUAUGGAGAAUUCUCCAACAUAUGUUGUAUGGAAUCAUGAAGUAACCAAC